AUGAUAGUAUCGAUGAAACACGGCAAAGGCGAAAAGACGAAUAAGCGGACGAUGCGGGUGUUUUCGUCGACGCUGACGCUCCUGGCGAUUCUGCUGUUUGUGACGUUUGCAAGCCAAGAUUUCAGCGAGCUUUACUCGACUUUAAGCCUCGAAACCAAGGGCACAGACAACGACAACGUUUUGGAAGUACAAGCGGCAAUCUCGCACAUUAAGCAGGAAAUUGAGCAGAACAGCGUCACGUCGACACGCAAUGCGCGCGACGCGGUCGCUACUGGACCAUCGAGGAAGCUGGUCUCGAACAUGGUGGUCCACGGGCCCAAUAAUUACAAACACACGGGAACCGCGUUUGACGCUCAGACGAAUUUCCAAGAGAUUUUGAACACCUCACCAGUCGUGCUUUUCGUCGCGGACAACGCCGACUCUCAAAAAAUGCGGUCUUUACUCUCUAAAGAUUUCCAAAUAUCGCCUCCACCUGCCAUCGUGGAUCUUGAAAAACACUCCCGAGGCACCCAAUUGAAGACGUAUAUCCUUGAAAAUUGUCUUGCGUUCUCUAAACUGCCCAAUCCGUCUCCAAAACACGUGGCGACGCCGCCGUUCCUCUUCAUCAACGGAAAAUCGGUCAUCAACAGUGGUCUGAAAUCAGACAUCCUGGAUUUGCAUGCUAAAGGUGAACUUUUGGCCAGAUUUAAGUCGUUUGGUUCGGAAAAAGUGCUUUUUCAAAGAACAAACGCACCUUCAAACUCAUAG